GACGUAAGUGUGUGCCUUAAGAUGAGACAGCAGGGCGAAACUUGGUUGACGUAGCACAGCAACAUCGUAUCAAAGUGUAAUUUAGACUUAUCAGGGAUUUGUUUUGUUUGACGAUUACAUUAUAUAAAACUGUCGACAAAAGGAGAUAUAUUAAAUUAUUUUUGGUUCUGACUGUCUUAAACGUACGAAGUGCGCGCGUAAUGAAGUGCUCGUGAUCAGCUGAUGCGUCUCGUAAACAAAGUUUUUUUGGCCUUGUAAUAACUAAAAGAGAACAUUGUGGUUAUCAAGAAGAGCAUAAAGUGUUAAUAUUUGAAAACACGGAGUUCGUAUAAGCCGGUAAGAAGAUUAAAGUCAUGACGGGUAGAGAGGACGAGUAUGACUAUCUCUUUAAAGUGGUUCUGAUUGGCGACUCUGGUGUGGGCAAGAGUAACCUGCUCUCUCGCUUCACUCGCAAUGAGUUCAACCUGGAGAGCAAGAGCACCAUCGGGGUGGAGUUUGCCACACGCAGUAUCCAUGUGGAGGGCAAGACCGUCAAAGCCCAGAUCUGGGACACGGCUGGACAGGAGAGAUACAGGGCCAUCACCUCCGCGUAUUACAGAGGUGCCGUAGGAGCCCUGCUGGUGUAUGACAUCGCCAAGCAUCUGACCUAUGAAAACGCCGAGCGCUGGUUGAAAGAGCUGCAGGAUCAUGCUGACAGCAAUAUUGUCAUCAUGUUAGUAGGGAACAAAAGCGACUUGCGCCAUCUGAGGGCUGUUCCUAUGGAUGAAGCAAAGGCGUUUGCUGAGAAGCAUGGACUUUCUUUCCUGGAGACCUCAGCGCUGGACUCUUCUAAUGUUGAACUUGCCUUUCAGACCAUUCUUACAGAAAUCUACCGUAUCGUGUCCCAGAGGCAGAUGUCAGGGCGUGGUGAAGACAGCUUCUCCCCCAGCUCCAAAGUGGUUCCCAUUACUGUACAGCCGACACAGAAUUCUGGCAAGCAGGGCGCCUGCUGUCAGAAUAACUGAGCUGAUACAGCGCCGCCAUGGGAUCCGGGGGAAAUCGGCAACUUUUGUUGGGCUGGGUUGACCGCGAGCGUCCGACUGCGUUGUAUUCCCUGCGCGUGGUGUGGUUAAUAUAUGUAAUGGACUUACUUGGUUAUGCCCAGAAUCAGUGAGUAAUAAUCUUCAAAAUUGGACGAUAAGAGAUGUUGAAAUUCAAUGGAUCAAGCAUUUUCUCAGAACUAAGAGGCCAUGCUUCUUGUUUCAGACUAAUUAGAAAUGACCAGGUAGCUAGGGCGCUCAGACGUGGCGGCUCUUUUUUUUUUUUCCCGCUCUUUUUGUCACUGACAGUCUGCUUACAAACAAUGGGCAGGAAGAAUGAGAAAAACGUGCUUAGAGUGUGUAAUGCUACCUUUAAAUAACUCCUGACUGGUUUCUGAUCACAAUAGGGAUUGACUAGUUGAAAUUAUAUAUUUGUUUCCUUAAGUGUGCCACCGCAGGUGUGGUCUGAUCACUUUUUCAUGCAUCGAAAUUCACACCUGUUCGGUCAAUUCUUACACAGACGCCGCUGUAACGGCUCUUUUGUAUUUAUUGAAUGCAAAUAUGAUCUUGUUUUAUCUGUGGUAUUUUUGCUUUCUUUUGUCAUGCUUCUGUGAUUUGUUUUUUUCCUCCAUCACUAGAUUAUUGAUCAGAAUUUCUCAAGGGUUUCUCCUUUUAGUCAUGGCACUCAUUUGUACAAGUGCUGGGAGUGUUUUCUGUGGAUCAGAGUACUGUUAAUAGGUUAAGCUAAUAGGCAGAUGUACGUGCUGUGGUGUUUGAGUAUAUAAGAGUGCUGUCUGUUGACAAUCAGGGUUGGGAAUUGUUAUCUGGUUCUCAAAAAACAAAAUUGUCUGUUAACAAUUUUUGAAUGUAUGAAUUCUGUUGCAUUACAAUAUAGGCAUCAGAGCUGCAUUAAACCUGUCCUAUGCAUUGCGAUCAAAAUGCAUCUUAACUCUCGUCAGCUGCGCAUUCAAAUCAGCACAAUAAACUUUCAGGCACAUGAUUUUUGUUUCCCGCUUUUUUUAAACUCACUUUUUGUGGUAUUUAUUUUUAUGAAGCCCCUAAAAUUAUAUAUAUACACACACAUACAUGCAUACAUUUUAUUUCUGUUCUGAUGAAAUUAGUAACAGAUUUGUUAUGAGGGUAAAGAAUGUAAUAUGUUUUCCACACAUUGUCAAUUUUUUUUGGUUUUCUUUGAAAAAGAACCAGAAUCAUAAGGAAGAGUUCAUCCAUAAAUUAAAAAUGUUCUCCAAUUGUGAUAACAUUUUAGAUUUUGUGUGAACCAUUCCUUUAAAUACCUACGAUUCCCAUCCCUACACAGAGUACUGGUGCGCCAGAUAUUUUUUUCUGCUUUAUAUAUUAGAUAUAUAUACUUUCUGUGGCUCAGUGCACACUUGCAUGAUGUUUUUUUGCUUUCAGCUGGUUUCUGGGUGUUGUCUUUGACUAAUAGUCUGUUUUUCUGCUGGAAAACGAGUGGCAGGUGGGAUGCGGUUCUCUAAGAGGAGCUUCUAUCAUUGGGUACAUUGACCAUAUUAUAUUGCAAGGCAGGGGAACUGAUGGCUUGUGAUGUAUUUGCAGAGGUUUUCUUACUGGAAGCGAAUUCCUCUCUGGCCACCCUUGUUAUCUGCUACAUGUAACUCGAAGAGCAGCAGGUCUCUUGAGAUCUCACUCACUGUCCCAGCUUUUCUGUCUUCUACGCUUUUGGUGUGGUUUUAUCUUUUGCAUACGUUUGCACUGCCGUUUAUAUUCUCCUCGCCUCAGGGUGGGCCUGUCGGGGUCGUGCUUUUGGCUUUUUUUUUUGUAGUAGUGAUGUAAUCCGUUCAAAUUCACGACACAAGGUGCUUCCCUAAAUGCCUUGCCUGAAAGAUUAACGUUAAUGCCAUCAAUCUGUUAUGCUGAAUAUCAGCCGUUUAGCGGGAGACGUUGAUAAUUACUGCUUUGGGAAGAUUUUGUCAUCUUGCCUGUUCUUUUCCCAGUGGGACUCCUGAACAAAGGCUCUGAAUAUGGCAAAUACAUUUAUGCAUUUUCAAUGAACAUGGAUGUUUAUCGGCUGUUUGUUUUUUUUUAACUUGGGUUUACGUAGACACUCGUAAGCUUGUGAUUUUCAGGGUUCCCCCAUCUUUUGACCAGUGACUUCCAUAUGACCUUUGCAGUCGUGAAUACUGGAUAAGUCAAAUCAUGGUAUAGAGAGAUUGCACCCACAACAAGCAAUUUCCAGAUGAUGAAAUAUUUAUGAGCUUUUUGAAAUGUUAUUAAUUUCCAUGCGAUUUUUAAAAGUCUCUGAUGCUUCCACGUAUUUCCAUGAAUGUGGGAACACUUCUAUUUUUUGUAAAAUUGGUGGUUUUUCUGUGUAUGUUAAUGACGCUUAUGAAUAAAAUCAGUUUUGUUUCAAAUCAUCAGGUGUGAGACCAACAGAA